AUGCAGUGCCAAAAAGGUACCGAGGAAGACCCCGUGGUCGUCGUUGGCUUCUCAUUCCGCUUCCCUCAGGAUGCUGUCUCAGACGACGCUUUCUGGAAAAUUAUAUGCGAGGGCACCUCUACUAUGACUGAGGUGCCAGAAACUCGCUACAACAUCAACGGUCACCAUGACUUCAAUCCGGCUCGCCAAGACAUGUUGCCGUGCCGUGGCGGUCACUACGUAAAGGGUGAUAUCUUUGCCUUCGAUGCACCGUUCUUCACCACCAGCAGCACGGAAGCCAGGGCCAUGGAUCCUCAGUUGCGCGUCUUGCUGGAGACUAGCUAUCAUGCUCUUGAAUCUGCUGGGCUCCCUCUGGUGGCCGUACGUGGCAGUUCCACAUCCGUCUUCGUCGGAAACCUCAUCGCUGAAUAUUCAUCACUUUACGGUAAUGACGACGAAAUCAAUGCUAAGUAUCAAGCAACUGGAAUUUCGUCAUCCAUGCUAUCGAAUCGCCUCAGCUGGUUCUAUGACUUUCGCGGUCCAAGCAUAUCGCUUGAUACUGCAUGUUCUAGCAGCCUGGUUGGCCUCCACCUAGCUUGCCAGAGCCUGCGCAACGGGGAGUCUGAGAUGAGCCUUGUCUGCGGCGCUCAGUUACAGCUGGAUCCAAGGUCAAUGUCUAUUCCAAUGUCGCGGCUCAAUUUCCUCUCGUCUAGUAGCCACUGUCAUAGCUUCGAUGAGCAGGCAGAUGGCUACAGUAGAGGCGAAGGGGUUGGUGUCGUAGUGCUCAAGCGCCUAUCGCGCGCUCUUGCAAAUGGGGAUACCAUUCGCGCAGUCAUCCGCGGCACAUCCGCUAAUCAAGAUGGACGAACACCUUCGAUCUCCCAGCCCAGUUCGAUUGCCCAGGCUGCCCUCAUUCGAAAGGCAUACGAGUCGGUAGAUUCAGACUUCCAAUCCACGGCUUAUUUCGAGGCUCACUCGACUGGUACUCCCGUUGGAGAUCCCAUUGAAGCCCAAGGAAUCAGUCUGGCGUUCUCAGACCAUCGCGACAUCCACAAUCCUCUGUUCUUCCCCAUGACUGCAACAGACUGGCCGAAGGAGGGAUUGAGACGGGCAUCUGCCAACAGUUUCGGGUUUGGGGGUACAAACGCGCACGUCGUGCUCGAUGACGCUCUUCACUACUUGCAGGCCAGGCGACUGCCGGGAACUCAUAACACGGUAAUGGGAGGCAGCAACACAGGUACUCCGGGUAGGGGUGUCGGUCAGCCCGGGAAACAUGUGAUCUUGAGAGAAUGCCCUUUUCUCUUCGUCUUUUCCACUGCAGACGAGAAUGGCAUCCAACGCCUGUCCACUGACUUCGAGAAUCACCUACAUCAGACCGCCACCGAUGCUGAAACCCAUUACCUGGCUGAUAUCGCCUUUACAUUGAGCAGCAAGCGAACUCAGCACCCUUGGAGAUCGUACGCCCUAGGUACUUCUGUGCAAGAUCUCCGAGCAAGUCUUUCCAACAUAGCCUAA